UCACUCUCCCCUUUCCAUAAAAAAAAAAAUAUUCCCAGAAAAAAAAAAAAAAGUAUAAAGAAAAAGAGUGGGAAAUAGACAGAGUAAUGUUUGAUUAGUGGAGAUCGAGAAGAAGCACGAUUAGGCUUACUUGUCUCAGAGGCGAUGGCGGCAACGACGGGAGGAUCCAUCGCGGCGCUAUCCAGCUUUCGUUCGUCUUCCAGUCGUCUCAGCCGUAAAGCUAAGUCCGGCGGCACUUGCGUUCCGGUGAUUUGCAGAGUCGUGUUUCCGCAACGAAACAUUGCCUGCUUUGCCGUUCAGGAAUCGUCGUCCGCCACAGUGGCUGCUGAAACGAAAAAGAAAGAGGCGGAGGAGGCGGUUGAAGAAGAAACGGCGGCUGCGGAAAAGCCGAAGCGAAAACCAGCAGGCAAAGCGCCUGCCAAACCACUGCCUCAGAUGAUGGAAGAGGAUGUGAUUCCUUCAUUGAAAUCGACUCUACAAGCUCAAGAUGAUAUCACUGAACUCGAACUGUCUUUCAAUGAUAACAAGCUGGAAGGUUCGUUUCUGAAGAAGGGUUAUCCAUAUUCCUUCUGGGCGUUUUUCCCCAACGGACUUACCGGUCCAAAAGGAUUCUCACUUUCAUCAUAUGGAAAUGGAGUCAGCACUGUAGAACCUUUUCUUGUUGACGAGAAAAAAAUUACAGAGAAACACAUUGUGUUCUGGGUUGAGAAGCGUUUGGCUGCUCAGGGGAUCAUCCCUGUCUGGAAAGAAUAGGCAUGUUUCUCAAAUUCCAUUCAACACAUGUAAAAUCACCACACACCAUAUUUUCUCUUCUGUAGUGUAUCCCUUUGCAGUUGCAGAAACAGAGAAUAACAGAUUCCCCAAUCACAAAAAUGUAUGUACUUCCCCACUUCUAUGUAAUCAUUCAAGAGCUCUCACAUACAAUCAUCAGAAUAUAUAAAUUAGGUUUU